UAAGGUAGUCGCAGGUGCACCUCAGUGCCUUCCUCGAUAUAGGUAUAGAAGGAAAGAGAUACCUGGAGUCUUCCUUCCAGUUCCAAGUCGAACGGAAAUUGACACCAUAAAAUGUCCCGAUUGGGAUUGGCGGCUUUGAUUGGAAUUGCGGUGGGUCUCCCGCUCCUGCAGCAGUGCAACGAUGGUGGAUGGCUUCUUCCUGCUGCUUUUCGUUGGCACUGCAUUUCUCUUGCAUUUCUUCUCGACUUUCUUCCCAAUUCCGUCGGGUUACCUACAAAACAGUUCAAUUCAAAUCCGUUCAUGCAUCAACUUCGCAUUACGUUAUAACUGUGCCGCAUGAGCCUCACCUGCGGCAUCUUACUGCCGGUACGAAAGAUUGACUCUGCUCAAAUUCCUACCUCAGUCUCACC